AUGCCUAAGAAAUCCCACACCCAUCGCCACCACCGGGCCGGGCACUGGAUGCCCCCGGACCACGACUCGCACCACAAAUGGGUCGGAGGGGUGAUAGCCCACGUCGAUAAGCAGGAAAAGCACGAAUUACACCCCGUUCUGAAAGACUUCAAACAGCUUAUUGAGUCCAACACCCGCGUGUACAUGCUGGUCGCGUCCAUGUUCGCCGAGGUGCCCAAGAACCGCCACUACUGCACCGAUCCAACAGGCUGUCCGCAGAUCAGGGAUUACCACCAUAUGCUCCGUGUCCUGAAUUAUCUAAUCACCACGGCGCCGUCGUGGAAUGAUUUCUCGCUGAGGGUUGGGUUGGUUGGGCUGCCGAUUAAUGCGGUGCUGGACUGGUCAAUGGGUACGCCGAGUGGAUAUGCAGCGUUCCUAGACCCAGAUAUCAACGCCAUGCUGAAGAAAGUUCUCAACGCCUGGGGCGAGUUCCUGACAUCGCCAGAGUCAGCAACAGCCCUAGAUGAAUCUGACAAUGGCUGGUUUGGUCAAACCGGCAAGGGUAAUCUCGUCCAGGUCGCCAACGCGCCCAACGCAUCGAGCCACGACUUCGACAAGCUGUUUGUCUGCGACCCGAAGGCGAAACACCACGGCUUCAACUCGUGGGACGACUUCUUCACCCGGGUCUUCCGCCCGGGUAUUCGGCCUGUUGCUGCGGCUGACGAUGACAGCGUUGUUGUGAAUGCGUGCGAGUCCCAGCCGUACAAGGUUGCCCGGGGCGUGAAAGCCAAGGAUACAUUCUGGAUCAAGGCGCAGCCGUAUUCGGUACUUGACAUGUUAUCGCACGAUGGCCUUGCCGGCCAGUUCGUGGGGGGCACGGUGUAUCAGGCCUUUCUUAGUGCGCUGAGCUACCACCGCUGGCAUGCCCCUGUGAGUGGGAAGGUCGUCAAGGCGUACGUGGUUGAUGGGACGUACUAUUCCGAACCCUUGUUCGAAGGGCUGUGGGAUGGGGAUAAGGGGCAAAAGCAGGAUAUUGAUGCCUCGGGCGAGGUCAUGACCCAGGAGUAUCUCACCUGUCUUGCCACUCGGGCAAUCAUAUUCAUCGAGUGUGAUAACCCGGCUAUUGGGCUCAUGGCGUUCCUUGGAGUGGGUAUGUGCGAGGUAUCGACGUGCGACAUCACUGUCAAAGAGGGACAGCGUUUAAAGAAGGGAGACCAGCUGGGAAUGUUCCAUUUCGGGGGCUCAACGCAUUGUCUCCUGUUUCGCAAGGGUGUGAAUGUCGAGGGCUUUCCAUCCACGGACAUGCAGCAGAAUGUCCCUGUGAAUGGAAAACUGGCGGUUGCUUCGUGA